AUGGACACUGAAAAGCUUGAAAAUCUUGAACAUUUUUCGAAAAAAUCGUUUCCUGAAUGCAAUGAAUCAGGAUUGGAUCAGAGUCACUUUUAUCAAUUGCUUGCUUUGCUUCACUUAAUACGGUUAACCUCGGCCUCAUCCUGUCCUGCAGAUAUGGCUGCAAAUCUGCAGGGCGUUGAUGAGCUCGUUGAGAUAUCUUCUAAACUUGAUUAUAUGGAUUCAGCUCCUUUUAAGUGGCUCUGCAAUGAAGCUAGGGCCUGGCUCUUUUUCUAUUUUGGAGUCUACAUGAUACGCCGCAUUUCGAAGAAUCGUCAUCUAUUGACUGGAGGUUCUUUUACUGUUUAUGAGCUUAUGCGGAAUGUUGCUUGUGUUCCAGUGUGCUCGGUCUCGCAAUUCUCUUUUGCUGGCAAAACCGCUAGUCUCACUCGCAUUGAUGGCAUAUUACUCAGGUUUCAGGCUGGCUGUCUUUUAAGGAAUAUGUCUAUAUCUGGAUUAGAUGCCCCAGUGUUGAGCGAUCAAACAAAAUCUGAUUCUAAUAUCUUGAAUUCGGACUCCCGAGAUAAAGUUCCUCUCUGGUGUCAUGUGCUUGCUAAAUGUUUAGCAGAUCAUAAGGCUGUAAAUGGAAUAGGCAAUUUACCAAAAGCAUUCCUCAAAUUAGACGAGACGGAUGUUGUCUAUUCCUUCAGUGAUGAGCUGCUUGAAAAACAAGCUCAGGGUAAACUAUUCGUAUUCUAUUGA